AUGGAGAGAGCCGGGUUGGGGUUGGGGAACACCGUGCGAACUGCACUGCACUGGAGCAAUUCGGCCGAGGUGAAGGAGAUGCAGAUGAGUGAGCAACCAAGGGCAAGUGGUGAAGCUGUUGAAGCUGGUGAUGCCAGCAGUGAUCACUACCGUCCAAGACGAGAUGCGAUGCGGAAUAAAGAUAAAGUAAGGGUAGAAGGUCAGAUACAGAUCCUUUGCACUCAGUUGGGGAUGCCCAUGAGAAAAUUGGGGAGGGGGAGCUGGCUGAAGGGUCUCGCCAGCGGCCAUCUCCUUGACCGCUAA